AUGUCUCACGAUGACCAGCUGCUCCACGUCUUCAAUGAAAGCGUUCAGAAAUUCCUCCUUCCACUAAUAAUGUCUCAGUCUCCGCAUACAUACUCUCCUCAACCUUUUGUGUACUCGAACACGGGGACCGUACGGAGUCCGGCCAUUGAUCCGGACACACCGCCGCCGCCUCCACCAAAGCCUAGUAGUCACGAAGCAAGUCGACGGGGUACACCGCAGACAGGACCCCCUUUGCCUCGUCCUCCACAGUCUGUAUCCCAUGCUGGAGCUCAAGGACAGACAAAUUCAGAAGGACAGCCUACAGCGGCAUACGUACCUUCUACCAUUGAGGAUGUUUACGACCCGAACACGGAAGCGUCACAGCCGCAACCCCCGAGUAUCGAAGAGUGCUGGCUGCCAGAUAUCGUAAAGGAUAAAUCAAACGCUGACCUGCAAACUAUCCUAUCGAACCCGAAUCUCAUAUCCGCCCUCUCUACCCAGCAUCCAUCUUACGCUGCCUCUCAAAAGCCGCUCUAUUCUCUCCUCGAGUCCAAUAAAGCUCUGGCGAACCAUCUACUCGAGUUAGAAUCCCACAUUGCCAAUCUCCGCGCCUCGACAGAGUCCCUUCUUCUUACACACCAGUCCCUCGAAGUUUCAUGGAGGAAGAAGCAGGCCGAGAUGGAUGCUGCAUUGGCACCAUGGUCACCAAAGGCUCUCUACCAACGACUUGCGGCAGCGGUUGCUGAGCAGGAAGCUGUCUGUCAAGCUGUGGAAGAAAGUUUCCUAGAAGGAGACCACCAUGGGCGAGCCAGUGAGAAGGAAGUCGUGGAUUGGGUACGGAGAGUGAGGGCUGAGGCAGCAAAGUUGGAAGCUAGGAGAGAAGCAAGGGCGAGAUGGGAUGAAGGAAGAGUUGGUGGUUGGAGAUGA